GGCAAUUACAGAUUAGUCUUCAGCAGGUGGCAAAAACUGGUCAAUUAGUUCUAAAGGAAGCUCUUGUUGACAAGAAGAAUUCUCUGACCGAUAUAUUGGUGGAUUUGGAAGUCCGAUACCAGCCGGUCGAGGGAGUUGUGGGAUCAUGGACCGAAAAUGAUUUUGUGGUUGAUAUAAGUGACAGGGAAGCGCUUAUUAUCCAGAAUGAGGGCUAUCGAUCUCAUGAGUACUCAGAACUGGAUAAAGAGGAUCAGUUGGAUAAAAAAACAAGAGCUCUUGGACGGAAGUUAGUGAACACCGAUAGCACCGAAGAUGAUGAUGAUGAUGUCGAUAUUUCAGAAGUUGAUAUCAGUUCUGUGUCUUUCACUCCACAGAAAAGUCGCUGUAGAUUUUUCACCCGCAUGGAACUAGACGUGCCCAGAAUACAGAAUUUCCAGAUAACAAUCAAUGUACUUGAGGCACGAAAAUUAAUUGGAGUCAACAUUGACCCAGUGAUUUAUGUGAAGGUGGGAGAUGAAAAGAAGCACACAGCAACUCAGAAAUCCACUAACUGCCCAUUUUAUAAUGAGUAUUUUGUUUUUGAAUUCCAAGAGCCACCAGCUGUCCUGUUUGAUAAAAUAAUUGAAAUUAAAGCUAUUCAUGCAAAAAAAAUUCCAUUCACUGGAGUUCAGCUGGGAACAUUCAAGAUUGAUGCAGGGACUGUCUAUCAACAGCCUGAUCACAGGUUUUUUCAGAAAUGGGCAACUCUAACUGACCCUAAAGAUACAAAAGGUGGUGUAAAAGGAUUUGUAAAGUGUACAAUUACUGUCAUGGGGAAAGGAGAUUUACAAGGCUGUCUCCCUGUCACUAAUCAGGAUGAAGAUGUUGAAAAGAAUCUUCUACUUCCAAAACAAAUGCCAGCUGAGAGACCUUGGGCCAAGUUCUUCAUCAAAGUGUAUAAAGCAGAAGAUCUCCCCAGUAUGAAUUCAGGAAUAAUGGGGAGCUUCUCAAAAAUUCUUGGAGAGCAUAAAGUUUUCAUUGAUCCUUACGUUAAAGUUAGCUUUGCGGGACAGCAGGGAGAGACAUCAGUGGAAAGCAACACGACAAAACCAGAAUGGAAUGAACAAAUCACUUUCAUUGAGAUGUUUCCCCCACUUGCACGACGUAUCAAAGUUCAAGUCAUUGACGAUGCUACAAUUAAUGAUGUUGCUGUUGCAACUCAUUUCAUCAAUUUGGAACAAAUAUCAGAUGCUGGGAUUAAUGCUGGAUUCCACCCGACCUUUGGCCCUGUGUGGAUUUACCUCUAUGGCUCACCUCAGAACUCAGUGCUAAUGGAUGCUCAUAAGGACAUGAAUGAGGGCCUGACAGAGGGGAUAUUUUAUAGAGGCCGACUACUUAUUGCAGUGACAGUGGAGGUUUACAGUUCAAUUUCAGCAAUUCACAGCACCAAAGACAAAAGUGCAAAGAGUGUCUUGAGCAAAUUCAAGCUGAAAACUAAAAGCAAGAAAUCUAAAUCCAAGUCUAAGAUUAAAGAGGAAAGCAGCAGCCAAACCGAAAGUGAAGGUGGUGCAAAUCUCCAAGAACAGCCGAGUGCAGUAGAGGUUGAGGUUGAAGAAAUUCAUCCAGUCCCAGAGUCUAUUGCAGGGGAGAAGGAGGAAUUCCUGCUGUUUGCUUCAUUUUUUGAGGCAACCAUGAUCGACUCUUCAGUGGGGUCACGGGCUCUCACCUUUGAAGUGUCCAUAGGUAACUAUGGAACGUUGGUAGAAAUUGUCACCAGAAAGAAAAAAGAAGGAAAGGUGGAUGACAAUGAGGAGAAGAGAUCUUUACUGGACACAAGAGAUUCAGAUGAUGAGCUAGAGAAUACUGAAAUCAGUUUACCUCCAAAACAAAACUCAAUUACACCACCUACAAAAGCAGAAUACACAGAAUUUGACAGGUCAUAUUGUUGUAUUCCAUAUCUGUAUGAGAAACCGUGUGUGUAUGUAUGGAGUUCUUGGGAAGACUAUUCCUGGCGCUUGUAUAAUUCCAAUCUCCUUGCAAAGAUAGCAGAAAGACUGGAGGAUGGUCUUGAUGAAGUGGAUCACAUGAUAAAGAGACCAAAGUCAGAUGCACACAUUCAACUUCAACAAAUCUUGAAUGAGUUUGUUGCUGGAUGCAGGCAAUACCACAUUUACUCUGAAAAGAAAACUACAAGCAGACCCAACAAUUUGGAUAGAUGUCGGAUUAAGUCCUUAAAGCAUAAUAUUAUUAUCCAUGCAAAGCAGGCACUUAGAAUUAUGAAGAGAUUGAACAAGAAAAAUGUAAAGGAGCAACUCCGUGAAGCACAGAAGCUACUGGAGAAAAUCAAAGUGCGUGUGGAAGAGCCACAAGCACCAAUCCCGGAUGUCUUUAUCUGGAUGCUGAGCAAUGGCAAGCGUUUAGCAUAUGCACGUAUUCCUGCCCGACAGAUUCUUUACUCAGCGGCAGAGGAAGAGAAGGGAAAAGACUGUGGGAAAAUUCAAACCAUCAUCAUGAAGGCACCAGGUGCACCUACUGGGGAGAUUUUUGCAAAACUGGAGCUUUACAUGUGGCUGGGAGGUACAAAAUCCAUCAAAAGCAAUAUAAGCAGUCUGCCUCAGGAAUUUAUUCCAGUCUAUGAGGAGGGUGCAAGGAGAACCGAAACUUCACCACUGCCACCAAUCAAGCUGAACAGUGACUACAGUAGUUAUUUCCAGUUGCGAGCCCACAUGUAUCAAGCUCGAGGUGUCCUUGCAGCCGAUGAUACUGGAUUAUCUGACACUUUUGCAAGAGUUGUAUUUUCAACUCAAUGUCAAUCAACCAGGUAUCUGGAAGAAACACUUUCCCCAUUGUGGUCUGAGAUGUUGCUGUUCGAUCAAAUCCUGAUAGAGGGGAGUAAGGAUGAACUGAAAAAGGAUCCACCCAUUAUCAUCAUCAAUAUCUUUGACUAUGACAGUUUGGGAAGUCCAGAGUUCCUAGGACGAGCUUUCGCAGCUCCCAGCGUUAAGCUGCAAGGUGAAAGUUAUGUGAGACCUCCAUUAAAGUUUCAUGACAUUUACAGAGGCCAGACAAUGGGUGGUGAACUGCUAGCAGCUUUUGAACUGAUAGAAUUGGAUUACAGUGGCUAUGGAGAGCCAUCUCUCCCAGAUGACGUGGAAUCUAAGGAUCCGGAAUAUCUGGAUGAACAGAGGAAAUAUUUCAUUAUUCCUGCAGGAAUUCGGCCAAAGCUCAAGACAUUCAGAAUUGAGGUUCUGUUCUGGGGUCUCAGGGAACUGAAACGUAUAAACCUUUUUGAAGUGGAGCAACCACAGGUGACAAUAGAAUGUGCAGGUCAGAAAGUCGAGUCUGAAAUCAUUACAAAUUACAAGGAGAAUCCUAACUUUGAUGAACUUGUGAAGUAUUUUGAAGUGGACCUCCCAGAGCAGAUGUACCUGCACCCACCACUCAGCAUCUUUGUAGUGGAACAGCGUGCAUUUGGACGCACUAUCCUUGUGGGCUCUUAUACUGUCACAAGCCUGCAACAAUUUUCCCUGAAGGAAUUGGAGGAGAAUCCAGAACCCGAGCAUGAUGAUCCCAAAACCAAAAAAAAGGAGCUCACGAGCCCAUUUUCCAAAGACAACAUGCAGGCUCAAGUCAUCAUCUCUGUUGACCCAGAAGUGGCAUUGUCUGAGAAUAAAAAGCGACCGUUGGAUGUUCUGAAGACACCGAUGAAGAAACUGCCACUGAAAACAAAAUUGCUAAAAGACGAACCUGAAGAAUAUGAAGAAAAGAUUGAGCCUGAAGAGCUGGAUUGGUGGUCAAAAUAUUAUGCGUCGCUGGAAGAGAUGAAGGAAAAAGAACAUAAAGAAGAAGAAGCUAAUGAACAAGAUGUUACUCAUCUUAAUAUGCCAACAUUUGAUGAGAUAGAAGAAGAAGCCAAUAGGAUAGAUGAGCUGGUGACCACAACAACCAAGAAAACCAUAGCAACAUUUCAGAUUUUCAACACGGAACUGGAGUCAGAAUUCUUUAACUUUGAAGAUUGGCUCUAUAUCUUCCCUCUGUACCGGGGUAAAGCCAAUGGAAAUGAAUUUGGAGAUAAAGUUGAUGAUCGAAGUAUGGGCAAAUACAAGGGUUCCUUCCUAAUCUACCCAAAUGAUGAAGUGGAAGCUGACUUUAAGAUAUUCCAGGGUAUCCCAAAGAACAGACCAAUCAAAGUUCUUGUCAGGGUUUAUUUGGUGAAAGCAACUAAUCUUGCUCCCACUGACUUGAAUGGAAAAUCCGAUCCCUAUAUCGUUGUUAAAGUUGGUGAACAAGUCCAGGACAGUAAGGACCGGUACAUCCCCAAACAACUGAACCCUGUCUUUGGAGAAGUGUUUGAAAUGACUGUUGCAUUUCCGAUGGAGACAGAGCUCACUGUUUCGAUAUUUGAUCAUGAUAUGGUUGGAACAGAUGAUUUGAUUGGUGAAACUAAACUCGAUCUAGAGAAUCGAUACUACAGUAAAUAUCGAGCUCAGUGUGGACUGCCAACCCAAUAUGAGGCACAAGGUUACAAUGCAUGGCGUGACUGCCUGAAGCCUUCCCAGAUCUUAACAAAACUGUGUAAAGAUUUACAACUAUCGGAACCUGAAUAUAGAAUUGGGGAAGUGAAAGUCAACAACAAAAUAUUCAAGAUUCCCAGUGAUUCACAACCAAUGGGGAACAACAAGAAAGGAUCAAGUCCUAUGAUGACUGAUGAGCAGAAGGCUCUGUAUGUCUUAAGGCACUGGGAUGAAAUGCCAGAAUAUGGUGUCAAACUGGUACCUGAACACAUAGAAAUUCGGACUCUUCAGAAAUCUGAAAACCCAGGGAUGUCAAAGGGCCAAGUUCACAUGUGGGUCGAUAUGUUUCCUGUUGACCUACCUGCACCACCUCCUGUCAAUAUUAAACCCCGUCAACCAAUCAGUUAUGAACUAAGAGUCAUUAUCUGGAACACAGACGAUGUGGCACUUGAUGACGUGAAUCCGCUGACAGGAGACCGAUCCAGUGACAUCUAUGUCAAAGGUUGGUUAAAGGGUUUAGAAGAUGAUAAACAAGAGACUGAUGUCCAUUUUAAUUCUCUGACUGGAGAGGGAAAUUUCAACUGGCGCUUUGUCUUCCGCUUUGACUAUCUGCCAACAGAGAAAGAGAUUGUUUAUAAGAAGAAGGAAUCCAUUUUCUCUUUGGAAGAGUCUGAGUUUCGACAACCUGCUGUUCUCAUGCUCCAAGUUUGGGAUUAUGACUUGAUUUCUGCGAAUGACUUUCUGGGUUCUGUUGAAUUGAAGCUGUAUGAUAUGGUCCGAGGAGCAAAGACAGCAAAGCAAUGUACCAUCAAGAUGGCAAAAGAAAAAGCAGGUCCACGCACUUCCAUCAUAAGAAGCAAGCGGAUGAGAGGAUGGUGGCCGCUGAUCAAAGUGAAAGAGGUGGAAGAUGAGGAGGAAGAGGAUGAAAGCAAAAAAAAGAAGAAAAAGAAGAAGAAAAAGAAAGUUAAUAUUGAAGAUGUUGAGUUUACUGACAAUUCUAACAACACUUACAUCCUUCGGGGUAAAUUAGAGGCUGAAAUGCAAUUGUUGACUGUGGAGGAAGCUGAAAAACGCCCCGUUGGCCUUGGACGGAAGGAACCUGAACCACUUGAGAAGCCCAAUCGACCAAACACGUCCUUUAACUGGUUCAUAAACCCUCUGAAAUCCUUUGUCUUCUUUAUCUGGAAGAACUACAAGUGGUAUAUCAUCGGCCUGCUGGUCAUAGCCAUCCUGGCUCUCUUCAUCUUUCUCAUCCUUUACACAAUGCCACAAUUUAUCAGUGAGAAGAUUAUCAAUGGCUGAUACUUUCAUCAAACACAGCAUUUGCAGAUUAAUAAUGCACUCACAGUGAUAACUCCAACACAGUGACAAUUCCAACACGAUGACAACUCCAACACGGUGACAACUCCAACACGGUGACAACUCCAACACGAUGACAACUCCAACACGAUGACAACUCCAACACAGUAACAACUCCAACACGAUGACAACUCCAACACGGUGACAACUCCAACACGGUGACAACUCCAACACAGUAACAACUCCAACACAAUGACAACUCCAACACGGUAACAACUCCAACAUGGUAACAACUCCAACAUGAUGACAACACCAACACGGUGACAACUCCAACACGAUGACAAUUCCAACACGAUAACAAUUCCAACACGGUGACAACUCCAACACGGUAACAACGCCAACACGGUGACAACUCCAACACGGUAACAACUCCAACAUGAUAACAGUGUCAACAUGGUGACAAGUCCAACAUGGUAACAACUCCAAUACGGUAUCAACUCCAACAUGGUGACAACUCAACAUGUUGACAACUCCAACACGGUGACAACACCAACAUGAUGACAGUGCCAACAUGGUGACAACUCCAAAACGAUGUCAAUUCCAACACGAUGACAACUCCAACACGGUAACAACUCCAAUAUGAUGACAGCGCCAACGCGGUGACAACUCCAACACGGUGACAACUCCAACAUGGUAACAACUCCAACACAGUAACAACUCUAACACGCGAACAACUCCAACAUGGUGACAACUCCAGCACGGUAAAACUCCAACAUGGUAACAACUCCAACACAGUAACAACUCUAACAUGGUGACAACAGCAACACGGUAACAACUGUAAUUCAGUGACAAACUCCAACACGGUGAGAACUCCAACAUGGUAACAACUCCAGCACGGUAACAAUUCCAACACGGCAACAACUCCAACACAGUAACAACUCUAACACGGUAACAACUACAACACAGUGACAACUCCAGCACGGUGACAACUCCAACACGAUGACAAUUCCAACAUGGUAACAACUCCAACACGGUAAUAACUCCAACAAGGUAACAACUCCAACGUGAUGACAGCGCCAACACGGUGACAACACCAGCACGGUAACAACUCCAACACGGUAACAACUCCAACACUGUGACAACGCCAACACAGUGACAACUCCAACGCGAUAACAACUCCAACGCGAUGACAACUCCAACACGAUGACAACUCCAACAUGAUGACAACUCCAACAUGAUGACAACACCAACACAGUGACAUCUCCAACACGGUAAAAACUCCAGCACGGUGACAACUCCAAAACGAUGUCAAUUCCAACACGAUGACAAUUCCAACUUGAUGACAACUCCAACACAGUAACAACUCCAAUAUGAUGACAGCGCCAACAUGGUAACAACUCCAACACAGUAAUAACACCAACACGGUGACAACUCAACACGUUGACAACUCCAACACGGUGACAACACCAACAUGAUGGCAGCGCCAACACGGUGACAGCUCCAAAACAAUGUCAAUUCCAACACAUUGACAACUCCAACACGGUAACAACUCCAACAUGAUGACAAUGCCAAUACGGUGACAACUCCAACAUGAUGACAGCUCCACACACGAUAACAACUCCAACACUGUGACAGCUCCAAUACGGUAACAAUUCCAACACAGUAAAAACUCUAAAACGGUAACAACUCCAACAAGGUGACAACUCCAACAAGGUGACAACGCCAACACAGUACCAAGUCCAACAUGGUAACAAUUCCAGUACAGUGACAACUCCAGCACGGUAACAACUCCAACACAGUAACAACUCUAACACGGUAACAACUCCAACAUGGUAACAAUUCCAACAUGUUGACAACUCCAACACGGUGACAACUCCAACAUGGUAACAACUCCAACAUGGUGACAACUCCAACACGAUGACAACACCAACACAGUGACAACUCCAACACGGUAACAACUCCAGCCCGGUGACAACUCCAAAACGAUGUCAAUUCCAACGCGAUGACAGUUCCAACUUGAUGAUAACUCCAACAUGGUAACAACUCCAACAUGAUGACAGCGCCAACACGGUGACAACUCCAACAUGGUAACAACUCCAACAUGGUGACAAUGCCAACAAGGUGACAACUCUAACACAGUAACAAGUCCAACAUGGUAACAACUCCAAUACAGUGACAACUCUAACACAGUAACAACUCCAACACGGUGACAACUCCAGCACAGUAACAAUUCCAACACGGUAACAACUCCAACACGGUGACAACUCCAGCACAGUAACAAUUCCAACACGGUAACAACUCCAACACAGUAACAACUCUAACACGGUAACAACUCUAACACGGUAACAACUCCAACACGGUGACAACUCCAACACAGUAACAACUCCAACACAGUAACAACUCCAACACAGUAACAACUCUAACAUGGUAACAACUUCAACACAGUAACAACUCCAACACGAUGACAACUCCAACACGGUAACAACUCCAAGAUGAUGACAACACCAACACGAUGACAACUCCAACACGGUGACAACUCCAACAUGAUGACAACACCAACAGGAUGACAACUCCAACACUGUAACAACUCCAACACGAUGACAAUUCCAACACGAUGACAUCUCCAACACAGUGACAACUCAAACAUGAUGGCAACACUAACACAGUGACAACUCCAACACGGUAGCAACUCCAGCACGGUGACAACUCCAACAUUAUCACAAUUCCAACACGAUGACAAUUCCAACACGGUAACAACUCCAACACGGUAACAACUCCUACACGGUAACAACUCCUACACGGUAAUAACUACAACAUGGUAACAACUCCAACAUGAUGACAACGCCAACACGGUGACAACUCCAACACGGUAACAACUCCAACACGGUAACAACUCCAACACGAUGACAGCUCCAACACGAUGACAGCUCCAACACAGUGACAACUCCAACACGGUGACAACUCCAACUUGAUGACAGUGCCAACACGGUGACAACUACAAAACGAUGUCAAUUCCAACAUGUUGACAGCUCCAACACGGUAACAACUUCAACACGAUGACAACUCCAACACUGUAACAACUCCAACACGAUGACAAUUCCAACACAAUGACAACUCCAACAUGAUGACAACACCAACACGGUGACAACUCCAACACGGUAACAACUCCAGCACAGUGACAACUCCAACAUUAUGACAAUUCCAACACGAUGUCAAUUCCAACACGGUAACAACUCCAACACGGUAACAACUCCAACAGGAUGACAACUCCAACACGGUAACAACGCCAACAUGAUGACAACUCCAACACGGUAACAACUCCAACAUGAUGACAACACCAACACGAUGACAAUUCCAACACUGUAACAACUCCAACACGAUGACAACACCAACACGAUGACAACUCCAACAAUGUAAUAACUCCAACACGAUGACAAUUCCAACACGAUGACAUCUCCAACAUAGUGACAACUCCAACAUGAUGACAACACCAACACGGUGACAACUCCAACACGGUAACAAAUCCAACACGGUAACAACUCCUACACGGUAACAACUCCUACACAGUAAUAACUCCAACACGAUGACAACUCCAACACAGUGACAACACCAACACGGUGACAACUCCAACAUGGUAAAAAUUCCUACACGGUGACAACUCCAAAACGAUGUCAAUUCCAACACGAUGACAACUCCAACACGGUCACAACUCAAACAUUAUGACAGCGCCAACACGGUAACAACUCCAGCACUGUGACAACUCCAACAUUUUGACAAUUCCAACACGGUAACAACUCCAACAUGGUAACAACUCCAACACGAUGACAACUCCAACACGAUGACAACUCCAACACGGUGACAACUCCAACAUGAUGACAACUCCAGCACGGUAACAACUCCAACACGAUGACAAUUCCAACACGAUGACAUCUCCAACACAGUGACAACUCCAACAUGAUGACAACACCAACACAGUGACAACUCCAACAGGGUAACAACUCCAGUACGGUGACAACUCCAACAUUAUGACAAUUCCAACACGAUGACAAUUCCAACUUGAUGACAACUCCAACAUGGUAACAACUCCAACAUGAUGACAGCUCCAACAUGGUAACAGCUCCAACAUGGUGACAAUGCCAACACGGUGACAACUCCAACACGGUGACAACUCCAACAAGGUGACAACUCUAACACAGUAACAACUCCAACACGGUGACAACUCCAGCACAGUAACAAUUCCAACACGGUAACAACUCCAACACAGUAACAACUGUAACACGGUAACAACUCCAACACGGUGACAACUCCAGCACAGUAACAACUCGAACACAGUAACAACUCUAACAUGGUAACAACUUCAACACGGUAACAACUCCAACACGAUGACAACUCCAACACGGUAACAACUCCAAAAUGAUGAUAACACCAACACGAUGACAACUCCAACACGGUAACAACACCAACAUGAUGACAACACCAACAUGAUGACAACACCAACACGAUGACAACUCCAACACUAUAACAACUCCAACAUUAUGACAAUUCCAACACGAUGACAAUUCCAACACGGUAACAACUCCAACACGGUGACAACUCCCACACGGUGACAACUCCAACACGGUAACAACUCCAACAUGGUGACAAUGCCAAUACGGUGACAACUCCAACACGGUGACAACUCCAACAAGGUGACAACUCCAACACAGUAACAAGUACAACAUGGUAACAACUCCAACAAGGUGACAACUCUAACACAGUAACAACUCCAACACGGUGACAACUCCAGCACAGUAACAACUCCAACACAGUAACAACUCUAACAUGGUAACAACUCCAACAAGGUGACAACUCUAACACAGUAACAACUCCAACACGAUGACAACUCCAACACGGUAACAACUCCAAGAUGAUGACAACACCAACACGGUGACAACUCCAACACGGUAACAACUCCUACACGGUGACAACUCCAAAACGAUGUCAAUUCCAACACGAUGUCAAUUCCAACACGAUGACCACUCCAACACGGUCACAAGUCCAACAUUAUGACAGCGCCAACACGGUAACAACUCCAGCACUGUGACAACUCCAACACGUUGACAACUCCAACACGGUGACAACUCCAACAUGUUGACAGCUCCAACACGGUAACAACUUCAACACGAUGACAACUCCAACACUGUAACAACUCCAACACGAUGACAAUUCCAACACAAUGACAACUCCAACAUGAUGACAACACCAACACGGUGACAACUCCAACACGGUAACAACUCCAGCACAGUGACAACUCCAACAUUAUGACAAUUCCAACACGAUGUCAAUUCCAACACCGUGACACCUCCAACACGAUAACAAUUCCAACACGAUGACAACUCCAACACAGUGACAACACCAACACGGUGACAACUCCAACAUGGUAAAAAUUCCUACACGGUGACAACUCCAAAACGAUGUCAAUUCCAACACGAUGACAACUCCAACACGGUCACAACUCCAACACGGUGACAACUCCAACUUGAUGACAGUGCCAACAUGGUGACAACUACAAAACGAUGUCAAUUCCAACAUGCUGACAACUCCAACACGGUAACAACUUCAACAUGAUGACAACUCCAACACAGUAACAACUCCAACACGAUGACAAUUCCAACACGAUGACAACUCCAACACGAUGACAAAUCCAACAUGAUGACAACACCAACAUGAUGACAACACCAACACGGUGACAACUCCAACACGGUAACCACUCCAGCACAGUGACAACUCCAACAUUAUGACAAUUCCAACACGAUGUCAAUUCCAACACAGUAACAACUCCAACACGGUAACAACUCCUACACGGUAAUAACUCCAAUAUGGUAACAACUCCAACAUGAUGACAACGCCAACACAGUGACAACUGCAACACGGUAACAACUCCAACACGGUGACAACUCCAACACGAUAACAAUUCCAACAUGAUGACAAUUCCAACACAGUGACAACACCAACACGGUGACAACUCCAACACGGUAACAACUCCUACACAGUGACAACUCCAAAACGAUGUCAAUUCCAACACGAUGUCAAUUCCAACACGAUGACCACUCCAACACGGUCACAACUCCAACAUUAUGACAGCGCUAACAUGGUAACAACUCCAGCACUGUGACAACUCCAACACGUUGACAACUCCAACACGGUGACAACUCCAACUUGAUGACAGUGCCAACACGGUGACAACUACAAAACGAUGUCAAUUCCAACAUGUUGACAGCUCCAACACGGUAACAACUUCAACACGAUGACAACUCCAACACUGUGACAACUCCAACACGAUGACAAUUCCAACACAAUGACAACUCCAACAUGAUGACAACACCAACACGGUGACAACUCCAACACGGUAACAACUCCAGCACAGUGACAACGCCAACAUUAUGACAAUUCCAACACGAUAUCAAUUCCAGCAUGGUAACAACUCCAACACGGUAACAACUCCAACAGGAUGACACCUCCAACACGGUAACAACUCCAGCACAGUGACAACUCCAACAUUAUGACAAUUCCAACACGAUGUCAAUUCCAACACGGUAACAACUCCAACAGGAUGACAACUCCAACACGGUAACAACGCCAACAUGAUGACAACUCCAACACGGUAACAACUCCAACACGAUGACAACACCAAUACGAUGACAACUCCAACACUGUAAUAACUCCAACACGAUGACAAUUCCAACACGAUGACAUCUCCAACACAGUGACAACUCCAACAUGAUGACAACACCAACACCAUGACAACACCAACACGGUGACAACUCCAACACGAUUACAACUCCAGCACGGUGACAACUCCAACAUUAUCACAAUUCCAACACGAUGACAAUUCCAACACGAUGACAACUCCAACACGAUGACAACUCCAACAUGAUGACAACACCAACAUGAUGACAACACCAACACGGUGACAACUCCAACACGGUAACCACUCCAGCACAGUGACAACUCCAACAUUAUGACAAUUCCAACACGAUGUCAAUUCCAACACAGUAACAACUCCAACACAGUAACAACUCCAACACGGUAACAACUCCUACACGGUAAUAACUCCAAUAUGGUAACAACUCCAACAUGAUGACAACGCCAACACAGUGACAACUGCAACACGGUAACAACUCCAACACGGUGACAACUCCAACACGAUAACAAUUCCAACAUGAUGACAAUUCCAACACAGUGACAACACCAACACGGUGACAACUCCAACACGGUAACAACUCCUACACAGUGACAACUCCAAAACGAUGUCAAUUCCAACACGAUGUCAAUUCCAACACGAUGACCACUCCAACACGGUCACAACUCCAACAUUAUGACAGCGCUAACAUGGUAACAACUCCAGCACUGUGACAACUCCAACACGUUGACAACUCCAACACGGUGACAACUCCAACUUGAUGACAGUGCCAACACGGUGACAACUACAAAACGAUGUCAAUUCCAACAUGUUGACAGCUUCAACACGGUAACAACUUCAACACGAUGACAACUCCAACACUGUGACAACUCCAACACGAUGACAAUUCCAACACAAUGACAACUCCAACAUGAUGACAACACCAACACGGUGACAACUCCAACACGGUAACAACUCCAGCACAGUGACAACGCCAACAUUAUGACAAUUCCAACACGAUAUCAAUUCCAGCAUGGUAACAACUCCAACACGGUAACAACUCCAACAGGAUGACACCUCCAACACGGUAACAACUCCAGCACAGUGACAACUCCAACAUUAUGACAAUUCCAACACGAUGUCAAUUCCAACACGGUAACAACUCCAACAGGAUGACAACUCCAACACGGUAACAACGCCAACAUGAUGACAACUCCAACACGGUAACAACUCCAACACGAUGACAACACCAAUACGAUGACAACUCCAACACUGUAAUAACUCCAACACGAUGACAAUUCCAACACGAUGACAUCUCCAACACAGUGACAACUCCAACAUGAUGACAACACCAACACCAUGACAACACCAACACGGUGACAACUCCAACACGAUUACAACUCCAGCACGGUGACAACUCCAACAUUAUCACAAUUCCAACACGAUGACAAUUCCAACACGGUUACAAAUCCAACACGGUAAUAACUCCAACAUGGUAACAACGCCAACACGGUGACAACUCCAACACGGUAACAACUCCAACACGGUGACAACUCCAACACGAUAACAAUUCCAACACGAUGACAACUCCAACACAGUGACAACACCAACACGGUGACAACUCCAACAUGGUAAAAAUUCCUACACAGUGACAACUCCAAAACGAUGUCAAUUCCAACACGAUGACAACUCCAACACGGUCACAACUCCAACAUUAUGACAGCGCCAACACGGUAACCACUCCAGCACUGUGACAACUCCAACACGUUGACAACUCCAACACCGUGACAACUCCAACUUGCUGACAGUGCCAACACGGUGACAACUACAAAACGAUGUCAAUUCCAACAUGUUGACAACUCCAACACGGUAACAACGUCAACAUGAUGACAACUCCAACACUGUAACAACUCCAACACGAUGACAAUUCCAACACGAUGACAACUCCAACAUGAUGACAACACCAACACGGUGACAACUCCAACACAGUAACAACUCCAGCACAGUGACAACUCCAACAUUAUGACAAUUCCAACACGAUGUCAAUUCCAUCACAGUAACAACUCCAACAUGGUAACAACUCCUACACGGUAACAACUCCUACAUGGUAAUAACUCCAACAUGGUAACAACUCCAACAUGAUGACAACGCCAACACAGUGACAACUGCAACACGGUAACAACUCUAACACGGUGACAACUCCAACACGAUAACAAUUCCAACAUGAUGACAACUCCAACACGAUGUCAAUUCCAACACGAUGACCACUCCAACACGGUCACAACUCCAACAUUAUGACAGCGCCAACAUGGUAAUACGUCCAACACGUUGACAACUCCAACACGUUGACAACUCCAACAUGAUGACAGCGCCAACACAGUGACAACUCCAAAACAAUGUCAAUUCCAACACGUUGACAACUCCAACACGGUAACAACUUUAACAUGAUGACAGCGCCAACACGGUGACAACUCCAACACGGUGACAACUCCAACACGUUGACAACUCCAACAUGGUGACAACUCCAACAUGAUGACAGCGCCAAUACGGUGACAUCUCCAAAACGAUGUCAAUUCCAACACGUUGACAACUCCAACAUGAUGACAACGCCAACACGAUGACCACUCCCCUCCCCACAGCACAGUGACAGCUCAAAAAUGGUGACAACUCCAGCAUUGUAACAAUACUAAAACAGUGAUAAUACCUACACAGUGUCAACUCCAGUAGAGCGACAGUGCCACCAACACCGUAACAGUUCCAACACAGUAACAACACCAACACGAUGUCAACUCCAAUUCAGUGACAAAUCCAACACAGUAAGAAGCUGUUCCAUUACGGUGACAACACUGGCAUCUCCACCUUAAUGUGGAAAAUUGCCACAAAAAGCAAGACAAAUUCAACCUGGCCAAUUACCACCCUAUUGGUCCACCUUCGAUCAUCCGUAAACUGAUUGAAGAGUUAUUAUUAGCACUAUCAAAAUAAACUCAGUUCCUGACUUCAUUACUGCCUUGGUCUAAACAUGGAGAAAACAGCUGAAUUCCAUAGUGAGGUGAGAGUGACUAUGCUUGAUAUCAAAGCCAAUACUUCAUGAAGUGUGGAAUCAAGGAGUCAUAACAAAACUGGAAUUAGUGGGAAACAGAGGGCAAACUUUGCUUACUGGAGUCAUAUCUGGCAUAAAGAAAGAUCAUUGUGGAUGGUUGGGGGUCAGUCAUUUUGAUCUCCAGGACAUCUCUGCAGGAGUCCCUUAGAGGAGUGUCCUAGGGCCAACCAUUUUCAGUUGUUUCGUCAAUGACCUUUCCUCUAUUUUAAGAUCAUGAUGAGGAUGUUCACUGAUAAUUGCAAAAUGUUCAAUAUCAUUUGUGACUCCUCAGACACUGAAGGAUUCCUGAAGAAGGGCUUAUGCCUGAACAUCGAUUCUUCUGCUCCUUGGAUGCUGCCUGGCCUGCUGUGCUUUUCCAGCACCAGACUUUUCAACUCUGGUCUCCAGCAUCUGCAGUCCUCACUUUCUCCUAGACACAGAAGGAGUCCUUGUUCAAAUGCAACAAGAUUUAGACAAUAUCCAGACAUGGACUGACAAAUGCCAGGGAACAAAUAUGUCCAGGGAACAAAUAUGUCCAACACAGUGAUAUCGCUGGCAGAGAGUCAGCUACAAUGCAGUGAGAACAUCAGCACAAAGACAACUCCAGCACAGGGACAGCUCCAACAUAGUGACAUCUCUAAUAGGAUGACAACUCCAACAUGGCCACAACUCCAGUACAGUGAAACAUUUGACACAAUAGCAACAACCACAUAGUGAUACCUCUAACACAAUGACAACUCCAGCACAGUGAUAACACUUUUCAGCUGGAACUACCUUUUGUUGAAGUUAUCUUUGUGAAUAUUAUUGCAGACAUAGUGGCUGGUUUACUGGGUAAAGAAAAUUAUGGAAAGCAUUUGCUGUCAAAAUAUUCUUUACCUGUUAAUUUCAAUGCAAUAGGAAAAUGUUCCCAGCUAUGGACAUUAUUCGCUGAAAGUUAGGUAGGGAGCCUAGGGCAAAUCUUUGUCCAUUAAUAUUUGGUUCCCUCUAGCAGUUGCCAGAGGCCCAAAGAAUAAUGUCCUAGAGUAGGAAGAAUGUUAAACUUUUCUGACAAUCUUCCACGUGGCAGUGCCUCCCAGGAUCUGCAAAAAUCCCAGAACAAGCUCUAAUGCAAUGUUGUGUCCAAACUCUUCAUGAAUUUCUAACUCCUUUUAAAAUCAUGAAUUAAAGUUGUAGACCAGGAAUAUUGUCCUAGGCAAAAGUGAGGACUGCAAAUGCUGGAAACGAGAGUUAAGAUCAGAGUGGUGCUGGAAAAGCACAACAGAUCAGGCAGCAUCCGAGGAGCAGGAAAAUCGAUGUUUCGGGCAAAAGCACUUCAUCAGGAAUAGAGGCAAGGAGCCUCCAGGGUGGAGAGAUAAAUGGGGGUGGGUGGGGUGGAGAG